AUGCCACCACCUCCAUCUUCACCUUCCUCCUGGAACAACCUCUUCGAUUUUCUCUCUCUCAGCGCGAUGUGGAAUUGGCUACAAGCAGUAUUCAUGGGGGAGACUAACGUGCCUCAGCAGACAAAUUUUGGAAUACUAGAUAAUCUUGCUCCAGCUGUGCAAGUCAUCCUGGGGAUUUCCUUUUUGAUUUUGUUAGCGAUAGGGUUAUUUGCCUUAUGGAAGCGAAGUGUUCGGUCAAUUCAGAAAAUACUGAUGUUUGUGAUCACACUCUACCAACUUUACAAGAAGGGCUCAGAUUUUUUUCAGGCUCUGUUAGCCAAUCCAGAAGGAAAUAGUCGCCAGGGUCAAGACAAUAGUAAUAUCUUCCUGACCUUGGGUUUGCAAGAGAAAAUUCUGAAAAAACUUCAGCUGGUGGAAAACAAAGUGAGGGACCUGGAGGGUAUUAUCAUUGCCCAGAAACCCUCUGCAAAGAGGGACUGCUCUUCUGAGCCCUACUGCAGCUGCUCUGACUGCCAGAGUCCCUUGCCUACAUCAGGGUUCACUUCCACAUCUGAAAUGUGA